GCCAAAGAUAACAAUAUUAAUGUGAUUCUCGAUAGUGCUGGUUCUUGUUGUUUAUGUCCUAUAUAAUACGCCCCCAAACCUACGCCCACACGGAUGCCUGCUGUUGUUUCACGAGUCUACCGACCUGAAUGAUUCUGAUUUUCUUAUCCCACUGCAGGUCUUGGCUAGAGAGGGUCUGGAGGAAGUUACUGGGGUGGAAAGGCUGCCCGUCUAUCAUGAUAACUGCCACUGGUGGUGGUGAGAUGAUAGACCCCGACAACCACCUACCCGACCUCACAGGAUUUGUAUCCAAGAAUUCACCCAAUCCCAUAGCGCAAGGUAGUUUCGCUGAUGUGUGGAAUUGCACUUACACGGCGUUCAAACGUCAAGGCCUGGAGGUAGCAGUCAAAUGCAUAAGGAUCGAUGUCGUGACCGACGAUUCCAGGGCCAGAAUCACUCAAAGACUCCUGGACGAUUUCCAUGCACGGAAGCAACUGCGUCACAAAAAUAUUUUGCCUCUGCUCGGUUUCAGUCACGAAUUCGGGCUGCUUCCGGCGAUGGUGUCCCCCUGGAUACACAACGGCUCGCUUACCACAUAUCUCGCGCACAAUUUCAUAGACUUGACCAUCGAUUCAAAGCUCCGGAUCUUACGGCAAGUCGCUGGAGCUAUCGGCUACCUCCACUCUAAAGGCGUUGUUCACGGUGACUUAACUGCCAACAACAUUCUGAUAGAUUCGAAACACAAUGCCCACGUGGCAGACCACGGGAUCCUCACAAUGUGUUCUGAGCUCUCGGGGACUUCAUACAUCAGAAGCAAUGUGCGGUGGGCCGCGCCAGAGCUCUUCGAGGUGCCCGAGAACGAAGAGUUAUCCACUGCCCCAAAGCCAGCGAGCGAUAUUUAUUCCUUCGGAUGUAUUAUGCUUCAGGUUAUGACAGGUCGACCACCCUAUGCAGAUGUGCGAAGCGAUCAUCAAGUCACUGUCCUGAUAAUUAAGGGCAAGAAGCCCUCAAGGCCCACCAAUCCGCCUGUCGCAGAUUCUUUCUGGGAUUACAUCGAGAAAUGCUGGAGUGAUGCAGCAAGUCGCCCCUCUGCCGUUGAGGUCUUGAGCUUUCUAGAUCAGAUCAUGCCAGCUGAUAUGAAAUUUGCUUUGUUGUCGUGGGUCAAGGAGGGAUGGCAGGGAGAAUGACUAAGCGCGCGCUCGUCGUGUCUGCCAGUGGGUGGGACUGUACCUAGGUUACGUAGGCGAGUAAUUAUAAUAUAUGAUUGCGUUCCGAACACAGAAAAAAUGAAAUUCAGAUCAAAUUGAGCAAAAUUCUG